AUGUUCCCCCUCGCCGCCUUCCUCUACCUCGCCCUCUCCUCCCUCCGUGUCGCCCUCACCCCGGCUGCCGAGCUCGAGCGCAUCCGCGAGCUCGCUGUCGGCAACUCGGUCUUCGCCUCGGCCGACCUCGUCAACCUCGUCCUGGCCGAGGUCUUCCUCCGUCUCCGCCUCCCCCGCCUCUCUCUCGCCUCCCCCGCCGCCGCCUUUACCUUCUCGCUUGGGCUCGACUUCCGCACCCUGUCCCUGGUGUCGUUUCCUCAGCUCCUCGCGAACGGCGACUUCCUCAAGCGCAUGCGCCAGGCCCGUCGACUCGGUUACAAAUACGUUUCGACUCCGCUUGGUCACAUGGCCAUCCUCGAGCGUUUGUACAUUGGUGAUCAGACCAUGUGCAACCUCGGUCUCUACCAGUACGGUCUCGCUGUCUACGAGGUGGCAAUCAAGAGCUGUUCCAUUGCCUGCCCCCUCUACGACAAUGAGGUCCGCGCUCUCAAGACCCUGAGGCACCCGCGCAUCCUCCCCCUUCUCUUCGCUGGUAAAAUCGGUUCCCGUGGCCAGAUCAUUACGGACCACAUGUCUGGCGGCUCGCUUGCCCACCGCCUCACCGAGGACAUGGACCAGAUUUUCAGCUUUGAGAAUGUCCGCCAGGCUCUGCUCGUCUUCAGGGACAUCCUCGAGGGCAUCCAGCACAUGCACGAGAAUGGUUGGAUCCACCGCAACCUUUCGCCGGCGAACGUCCUGUUCAACAAGUUCGACCGCGUCGUGCUCGCUGGCUUCCGCCAUGCCCUCAAGGUGAUCCCGGGUAUCGACCUGUCGACUUGCGACCUGUUUGCCUUUUCCCCCUCCUACUCUUCGCCGGAGUCCUUCCUCAACGAGUGGUCGAAGGGAAGCGACAUCUACUCUGCCUGCGCCAUCCUCUACACGUGCCUCACGGGUUCUGCUCCUUGCCCCAUUGAGCACGAUGGCCUCUACCAGCCGGCAGGGUUCUUCGACAACUUCUGGCUCCAGAAGUUUGAGGACGGAAACGGCAACACGUCUUGCAAGAUCGGCAGGAUCCAGGACAUGCUCAUCGAGGGCCUCGCCAUCAACGCCGCCGACCGCCCGACCGCCUCUGCCCUCAUUGAGACGGUUAACGACAUCCUCACGGCGGACGGCGGCAAGGCUGCCUACGCCGACGACGUCGACCACGACGACUACGACAUGGUCGGCCACGAUGAGGCUCCUCCGAUGUCCUGGAUCGGAUACCCCGACGCAGAGCGCGAGGCCAAGAUCUUCCGCCCCUCGCUCAAGAACCGCGUGAGCGCCAAGGUCGACAAGGUUGCCCACCGGGGCUUCAAGUCGAUCAAGGCCGUCUUCCGCCCACGCGCGUAA